AGAGAAGUGCAACCACAAAGUCAGCAGCUCACCGCCAAGCUUGGUCCGAUGUUUGUGAGGGAUGGACGGCAUCAACUCCACCCGCCUCCCCGCCAACCAGUCCGACUUCGGCAGCGUCUUCACCCAUCAGGUGCUCCCCUCGCUCUAUUUCGUCAUCUUCCUGGUGGGCGUGCCCCUCAACAGCGUGGCCGCCUGGAUCUUCUUCCGAGUUCCCAACGACUCGGCUCUGGUGGUCUACCUGAAGAACAUGGCGGUGGCCGACCUGCUCAUGCUGGCCACCUUCCCCUUCAGGGUGGCGGUGGAGCUGGGGCUGGGCGGGCGGCACCUGCAGGUGGCGUCGUGCCGCUACACCUCGGUGCUCUUCUACUCGUCCAUGUAUGUGUGCAUCCUCUUCAUGGGCCUCAUCAGCCUGGAGCGCUACGUCAAGAUCGUGCGACGCGCCUGGCCAGCGCUCCUGCUACAGAGCGUGGGCGUGGCCAGGGUGGUGGCGCUGCUCAGCUGGAGCCUCCUCCUCUUCCUCUGCGUGCUCCCCAACGCCUUGCUGACCAGCCAGCCGGGCGACGAGGAGAGCUCUUGGAACUGCAUGCUACUGAAGAGCCCGCUGGGGGUGGAGUGGCACCAGGCGUCCACCCACUUCAGCGUGGUGCUCUUCUGGCUCACCCUGUUGGUUCUGGCCUUCUGUUACGCCUCCAUCGCCCGGCGCCUGCGCCAGUCGUACCGCAGGGUGCGCCGCGACAGCGCCGACGUGCGCCGCAAGUCCAACCGCAGCAUCUUCUGCCUCCUGGCCGUCUUCUUCGUGUGCUUCGUGCCUUACCACGUAUGCCGCGUGCCCUACACGCUCAGCCAGAUGCCGGACUCGGGCUUCAACCGGGCCUCGCGCUUCUGGCUCUUCCACCUCAAGGAGGGAACGCUCUUCCUGUCCGCCCUCAACGUCUGCCUCGACCCCGUCAUCUACUUCCUCAUGUGCAAAACGUUCCGAGAGUCGCUCCUCAGAAAGCUGUCGGCGAGACAGAGGCUGGUGUCCGUCACCACAUCCCCCAGCCUGGACACCGUGCCGGGGGGGACACGUGGCGCAGGAGCAGGUGUGCAUUAGAGGGAACGAGGACGCUCGAGUCAAAGCCAAGCAGGACGGUUUGCUGACCCAAAGAGGAAGUGGAGCGGCGCCACCAGACUGCUGACAGAGUCACGCUCGUCUUGUCAUGGAGAAGCCGCUUGGUUUCCCCGCGGCUCGCUUGCAUAAAAGCAGCAGGCACAAGACAUUGAAACAACGUUGAGAACUUGUUCAAUUAGGUUAUUUUAAAAAAUUUUUUUUAAAUGAAUUUAUUAAUCAAUCAACAAAACAAUACACAACAAUACCACAAUAAUGCAAUCCAAUUCCAAAACCAAACCCGUCCCAGCAACAUUAAGAACAACAACAAACAGAGCAAUUGAGGACACACAAACAUGACACGGAACAAUACAAAUGUAGUGAAAAAAAAAAGAACAUUAUCGGCAACAGCAUCAAUAUUAGUAAUAAUUUCAAAAUAGCAGUGAUUUAAAAAACCCUCAUUGAUAUUAUCAUUAAAAACAUUAAUAAAAAAUAAUACAAAAAUUAGAAAUGAACAAUAGUGUCACAGUGGCUUACACUUGCAUCACAUCUCACAAGCUUGACAACACUGUGUCCAAUAUUUUCAACAAAGAUAUAAUAAGUCAUAUUUUGGUUCAUUUAAUAGUUGAAACAAAUUUGAAUAAUGGAUCCCAUAUUCCAAUAUAUGACUCAUUAUUAUCUAAACUAAAUGCAGUUUGUUCUACUGAUAUCAUCGCCAUAGCUUGUGUGUACCAGUCAGUAUAAUACCCUUUUUGUUAUGAUGCAUAUUGAAAGAAAAACAUUUUUAGUCUUUGAUGACACGUUACUAAAUUGAUGGAGAUCCCCAAGAAUACAAGUUUGCAGUGUCAUUAGGAUGUUUAUAUUAAGGAAUGUGAUUGCUUCUUUUGUUGUUUUCAACCAUAACUCUUUUAUUCUCUGACAUUCCCACAAUAAAUGAACAAGAGUUCCCUCGGCUGCCCGACACUUCAUACAUAACUUGCUAUCUACUACACCAAUUUUAAACAGCUGAGAAGAUGUAAAAUACAAUCUAUUCAAUAUCUUAAAUUGAGUCAGCUUAUCUUUAAUGCUUCUAAAGGGCUUAUUGGCAUUUUUCCAAAUAUCAUUCCAUGAUAUGUCUCUUUCAUCUAAAAUGUUUAAGUCCAUCAUCCAUUUCCGAACACAUGCAUCAUUUGCAUUUCUAGUGUGGUGUUCAUUUAUUAUUCCAUAAAAUAGUUUCAUUAAUUUCUUAAUUGUAUCUUGAUUAAAAAGUGCAUCUUCCAGUUCAUGGCUAUUUAAAGACAUACUUUCAGAGGAUAUGCAUUUAUUUACAGCGUGUUUUAAAGAGAUAAAAUUUAAAAAAUGAUUUCUGGGUACAUUAUAUUGAUCAACUAAAUCAUUGAACGGUUUAAAAGAGUUUUUAUUAAUAAUAUGAUGAGGUUUAGUAAUACCUCUGUCUUUCCAUGUUGUCCAUUUAACCACAUUUUUAUUAAUUAUGAUAUUAGGGUUGUACCAAAGCGGUUGAUUUACAGAUGUCAUUGGGUUGAUUCCUAGUAUUUUCUGGCACAGUUUUAGAAUGUUAAAGGUGGCUUCUAUUGGGCUCUGCCUCAAUUCAUUAGGUAUUUUUUUUAGGUCAAUUAGGUUCUGACGUCGGGCAACUCAAACCUAGCCUUGAAACAAUUUUGACGACGUUUAAUCAAUGUCAGGUUCUGACGUUGAUUUGACCAUUUAAUUUUGGUAAUUUCCCAACCAAUACUCUACAACACAAAUAUAACGUUGAAACAACAUGCUUUUUGACGACGUUUGAUCAAUGUUGGGUUUUGACGUUGAUUUGACCAUUGAAAUUUGGUCAUUUUCCAACCAAUAUUUCACGACUCAAACGUAACGUUGAAACAACAUGCUUUUUGAAGACGUUUAAUCAAUGUCAUGUUGUGACGUUGAUUUGACCAUUGAAUUUUGGUCAUUUCCCAACCAAUAUUCUACACCACAAAUACAAUGUUGAAACAACAUGCUUUUUGAUGACAUUUAAUCAAUGUUGGGUUCUGACGUUGAUUUGACCAUUGAAAUUCGGGCAUUUCCCAAACAAUAUUUUACAACUCAAACCUAAUGUUGAAACAACAUGCUUUUUGACAAUGUUUAAUCAAUGUCAUGCUCUGACGUUGAUUUGACCAUUGAAAUGUUGGUAAUUUUCCAACCAAUACUCUACAACACAAAUACAACGUUGAAACAACAUGCUUUUUGACGACGUUUAAUUAAUGUUGGGUUCUGACGUUGAUUUGACCAUUGAAAUUUGGGCAUUUCCCAACCAGAAUUCUACAACACAAAUACAACGUUAAAACAAUGUACUUCUUGACAACGUUUAUUCAAUGCCAUGUUGUGAUGUUGAUUUGACCAUUGAAAUUUUGGUCAUUUCCCAACCAAUAUUCUACAACACAAAUACAACGUUGAGAACUUGUUCAAUUAGGUUCUGACGUUGGGCAACUCAAACCUAGCGUUGAAACAAUUUUGACGACGUUUAAUCAAUGUUGGGUUCUGACGUUGAUUUGACCAUGGAAAUUUGGGCAUUUCCCAAGCAGUAUUUUACAACUCAGACCUAACGUUGAAACAUCAUGCUUUUUGACAAUGUUUAAUCAAUGCCAUGUUGUGACGUUGAUUUGACCAUUGGAAUUUGGUCAUUUCCCAACCAAUAUUCUACAACACAAGUACAACGUUGAAACAACAUGCUUUUUGAGGACAUUUAAUCAAUGGUUUUGACGUUGAUUUGACCAUUGAAAUUUGGUUAUUUCACAAACAAUAUUUUACAACUCAAACCUAAUGUUGAAACAACAUGCUUUUUGACGACGUUUAAUCAAUGUCAUGCUCUGACGUUGAUUUGACCAUUGAAAUUUUGGUAAUUUUCCAACCAGAAUUUUACAACACAAAUACAACGUUAAAACAACGUACUUUUUGACAACUUUUAAUCAAUGCCAUGUUGUGAUGUUGAUUUGACCAUUGAAAUUUUGGUCAUUUCCCAACCAAUAUUCUACAACACAAAUACAACGUUGAAACAACAUGCUUUUUGUCGACGUUUAAUCAAUGUUGGGUUUUGACGUUGAUUUGACCAUUGAAAUUUGGACAUUUUCCAACCAAUAUUUCACGACUCGAACGUAACGUUGAAACUACAUGCUUUUUGAAGACGUUUAAUCAAUGUCAUGUUGUGACGUUGAUUUGACCAUUGAAUUUUGGUCAUUUCCCAACCAAUAUUCUACAACACAAAUACAACAUUGAAACAACAUACUUUUUGACGAUGUUUAGUCAAUGUUGGGUUCUGACUUUAAUUUGACCAUUGAAAUUUGGUUAUUUCCCAACCAAUAUUUUACAACUCAAACCUAACGUUGACACAACAUGCUUUUUGACGACGUUUAUUCAAUAUCAUGUUCUGACAUUGAUUUGACCAUUGAAAUGUUGUCAUUUUCCAACCAAUAUUCUACAACACAAAUACAACGUUGAAAGAACAUGCUUUUUGAUGACGUUUAAUCAAUGUCAGGUUGUGACGUUGAUUUGACCAUUGAAAUGUGGUUAUUUCCCAACCAACAACGUGGAUCCAACGUUAGACAUCAACGUUGUCUCAAUGUACAAAGACAACUAUUUUUCAACGUCGUUUCUAAGUCCGUUUCAAAGGACAUGUAUGUAUUAUCAACGUUGUAUCAAUGUCUUGUGCCUGCUGGGUUUAUUCUUACUGGUAAAAAGUAAAGUGUUACACUGGAGUGCUGUUACGUCAUUGUUAAUUUUAGGCCAUGUUGGCGCUGUGCCAACUAACAAAAGUAACCUGUGAUAACUUCAGGAAGUGAAAAUUAAAACUGUAUCUUCUCAGACGACUUUCUUCAGUCGAUGAGAGCAGUGGUUCUCAAUUUUUUUCACCAAGUUUCGCCUCAGAAAACGCUCCAAGUACCACUAUAACAACCAACGUUAAAAUACAGUAGCAUAGUAGACCGAAGCAGUCAUUAAAAACAAGGCAGAGGUUUUAUUUAACAAGUAUAUUUCAGAUGUUUUGCCACUGUAACGUUACACACAAUCAACAAGGAUGCUCCACAUAUUGUACAUAUUUACAGACUUCCUUGGCGUACCACUAGAUGGAGCCUGCCUAGAAUCACUGGUUUACAUCAGUGUAUCUUAAUCAUUGUUGGGCCACAAUAAAAUACUCAAUUGCAAUACACUUUUCCACCACUUGCGGCAGUAAUGACAAUAUCAAACAAACAGAAGUCUGGAGCUAAAGUCAUAGAGAAGUUUAAGCGCAAAAAUUAUGACUAAAGCAAUGAAACAUGUGCAUAUACACUACCGUUCAAAAGUUUGGGGUCACAUUGAAAUGUCCUUAUUUUUGAAGGAAAAGCACUGUACUUUUCAAUGAAGAUAACUUUAAACUAGUCUUAACUGUAAAGAAAUACACUCUAUACAUUGCUAAUGUGGUAAAUGACUAUUCUAGCUGCAAAUGUCUGGUUUUUGGUGCAAUAUCUACAUAGGUGUAUAGAGGCCCAUUUCCAGCAACUAUCACUCCAGUGUUCUAAUGGUACAAUGUGUUUGCUCAUUGUCUCAGAAGGCUAAUUGAUGAUUAGAAAACCCUUGUGCAAUCAUGUUCACACAUCUGAAAACAGUUUAGCUCGUUACAGAAGCUACAAAACUGACCUUCCUUUGAGCAGAUUGAGUUUCUGGAGCAUCACAUUUGUGGGGUCAAUUAAAUGCUUAAAAUGGCCAGAAAAAGAGAACUUUCAUCUGAAACUCGACAGUCUAUUCUUGUUCUUAAAAAUGAAGGCUAUUCCACAAAAUUGUUUGGGUGACCCCAAACUUUUGAAUGGUAGUGUACAUAUUACUGACAGUUUAUUUCAGAAAAAUAUAGAUUUUUACUAACUUUUAUUAAUUUAGUUAGAAUGUAUUUAUUUUAGCACAGCGUAAUUGUAUGUAAAUUUGUUUUUCAUCAGUUUUAAUGCGUACCUUUUGCAGUGUAUUUGAUUAGUAUUUAUUUUUGUAAUCAGCCUGACCAAAGCCUAGAUAAUAAUCUUUGUGAUUAACACAAGCUUUCAUAUCAUUUGGCAAGAUUGUAAACAGGAAGUAAGUUAGAUAUAAUUAUUGAAUAUGAUUAAAAUCAAGAGUAACAUGACUAAUUCAGUGUUAAUAUUUGAGAGGGGUCCCGCGCCCCUCUGUAGUGGAAAAAUUGGUCCCCGGGUGAUUCACUCGUGAAGAGUUGUUUACAUUGAUUUAUACCAAGGGUGUCCAAUGUAGGGCCUUAGGGCCAUUUGAGGCCCACAGCUCUUUUUUUUUUACCAGCCCGUGGCACAAAAAAAACAACAACAACAUAAUAAAGUGGAAUAAAAGAGCAAACCGGUGAAA